CCUGCAGCCACAAGCAAGCAGCACGGCCUCCCGCUUCCACGUCUCAUCUGCCAUGGCCACCACCGCCUCCCUCCACCUCCACCUCCACCUCCUCCUCUCCUCCUCCCGCCGCCGCUGCCGCCUCCUCGUCCCCCGUGCCCACACCGAUUCCAUCUCCACCGGCCGACGCCGCUUCAUUGCCGACACCGCCACCGCCUCCGCUGCCGCUGCCGUGGGUCCCCUCGUCCUACCCCGGACCCCGCUUGCGCGUGCCGACCAGCCGCCGUCGCUCUCCGAGUGGGAGCGCGUCCUCCUCCCCAUCGACCCCGGCGUCGUCCUCCUCGACAUCGCCUUCGUCCCCGACGACCCUUCCCACGGUUUUCUUCUUGGGACGAGACAGACGAUAUUGGAAACAAAAAAUGGAGGAAACACAUGGUUCCCUCGCUCCAUCCCGUCCGCCGAGGAUGAAGAUUUCAACUACAGGUUCAAUUCUGUAAGCUUCAUGGGCAAAGAAGGAUGGAUUAUUGGCAAGCCUGCAAUUUUGUUGCACACUUCUGAUGCUGGAGACAGCUGGGAAAGAAUACCCUUGAGUGCCCAGCUUCCUGGGAACAUGGUUUACAUAAAAGCUACAGGUGAGCAAAGUGCAGAGAUGGUCACCGACGAGGGAGCAAUUUAUGUUACUUCCAAUCGAGGGUACAACUGGAAGGCCGCUGUGCAAGAGACUGUCUCAGCCACUCUUAACAGAACAGUUUCAAGUGGAAUUAGCGGAGCGAGUUACUACACUGGUACUUUCAACACAGUGAACCGGUCACCUGAUGGGCGUUAUGUUGCUGUCUCCAGCCGUGGGAACUUCUAUCUGACCUGGGAACCUGGGCAGCCAUUUUGGCAGCCACACAACAGGGCAGUGGCACGUAGAAUACAGAAUAUGGGAUGGAGAGCAGAUGGUGGCCUUUGGCUUCUAGUGCGCGGUGGUGGACUCUUUCUGAGUAAAGGAAGUGGAAUAACUGAAGACUUUGAGGAAGCGUCAGUGCAAAGCCGGGGGUUUGGAAUUCUUGAUGUUGGCUACCGCUCAAAGGAUGAAGCAUGGGCCGCCGGUGGAAGUGGUGUCCUGCUAAAAACAACAAAUGGCGGGAAGACCUGGGUGCGCGACAAAGCUGCUGAUAACAUCGCAGCCAAUCUCUACUCUGUAAAGUUCCUUGGUGACAACAAAGGAUACGUGCUUGGGAACGACGGCGUCUUGCUUCGAUAUGUUGGCUGACGUGCAAAGUGCUUCAGUUUGCCUGUAUCGUCCUUAGACUUUUUUGUACGUAAUAUGAACCUACACUUGUUUACACGGUCAGGUAUCUAUCUAUGUACCUACUGCAAAAGGCUGCUGAUUCGUGUUGAAUUCAUCCACAAAAGAGUGUAAAUUCUUGUCUGUAACUGUAGCGACUGUUCCAAUAUGUGAACUGCACAUCCACAUGUAAUAUCUGAUAUAUAUAAAAUGGAGCUUGUAAAGUGAGAAGGAUUCAGAUA